GUAUUCACUUCAGUAGUUAAUUAGGACUUGAGUUACUCUAACGUACGAGUAUUAGUAAUGAAGUUCCCGUACAAUCUCAAAAUUGGAAAAUAUUUUAUUCAAAGCUGAACCAAGAGAGGGCUACCAGGCAUGCAGCGCGGCGAUCUGGCAUUUUUAACGCAAUCUUUCUCGUGAAUACCAUAUCCCCACACGUAAUCGGCUCAAAUGAAGCGCAUCUACUAUGCAAGAAAUAGCCAUAAUUACGGACAAUGUAAGUUACCCGUCGACUCUAACAAUAAACACAAUCAACACAAAAUGUAAAGAAGAGGAACUAGAAAAAGCUUAUGACCCAUUUGAAAACAGAAAAUUGGAACAUCCUAAUUCGGAUGUGCAGUCCUUCGCAAAUCUCCUGAAGUCAUCUCUUGGAUCCGGCAUCCUGGCCAUGCCUGCCGCUUUCAAGAACGCGGGCACUGUCAUCGGCAUAUUUGGCACCGUCAUCCUCGGCUACAUUUGUACGCAUUGCGUCUUUUUACUGGUUAAAACUUCACAAGAUGUCUCGAAGGUCUCGAAAGUCCCUUCACUCGGAUACGCUGAGACUGUGGAGGCAGUCUUCGCUACAGGUCCUCAACCUCUUAGAAGAUUUUCACGAGCAUCUAGAAUAUUUAUAGACUGGGCUAUGGCUUUUACGAUUCUUGGCGCCUGUGCAGUGUAUGUCAUAUUGCUCGUCGAUUCUGUUGUACAGGUUAUAAACCACUUCUAUCCAGAAAACAAGAUAACCAAUACGAUGUACUGUCUCAUGUUCCUGGUGCCAAUCCUGAUUUUUACCCAGAUCAGGAAUUUGAAGUACCUCGCCCCAUUCUCUGGCUUCGCGAAUCUGCUACUAGUGCUGACAUUUGUCAUCUGCCUGUAUUACAUUUGCACCGACUUCCCGGAUAUCGCUUAUAAGCCCAUGUCUGUCGAUAUAGGAAGACUGCCCUUAUUCAUCGGCACAGUUAUAUUCGCAAUGGAAGGCAUCGGUGUUGUGUUGCCAGUUGAGAACGCCAUGGCCAAGCCGAAGCACUUCCUCGGCUGCCCUGGAGUCCUGAACAUCACUAUGACCGUGGUAGUCGUACUAUACAUGCUGAUGGGAGUCUUGGGCUACGUCAAGUACGGAGAAGAUGCUUUGGGCAGUAUCACCCUCAAUCUACCGACGGAUAAAGGCGAAAUUCCAGCGCUACUGGCCAAGAUUUUCAUCGUGCUGGCCAUCUUCUUCACAUACACGCUGCAGUUCUACGUGCCCAUGGAGAUCGUGUGGCGCAACACUCAGGAGCACGUGGCUAAGAAGUACCACAACAUCGCCCAAUCUGUUAUGAGGGCUGUCUUUGCGAUUCUCACGGUGAUUGCCGCAGCCACCUUACCCCGGCUGGAACAGGUGAUAGGCCUUGAAGGAGCGUUCUUCUAUUCAUUCCUCGGGCUUAUCGCACCUUCCAUCCUGGACUUGAUAUUCAGAUGGGAGAGAGCUCUCGGCAAAUACAAGUGGAUCCUCAUCAAAGAUACGCUUCUAAUAUUGUUUGGCUCGUUCGUCCUUGUGACAGGAGUAACGCAAAGUAUCAGAGAAAUUAUCCGGACUCAUAAUUCGUGAAACAACUGUGACUGUGUUAAUUUGCUUGUAAAUACAGUAUUACCUUUAUUUUUGUAUUAAUAUUAAAUAGAUUA